GUCUGCGCUCCCUUGUUGUCCAUCGGGCAGCAAGCGCGGCAGCGUCCCUUGUUCAUCGACGCUGCGGGCCGUCCCACGCGUGCAGACGAAGCAGCUUCCACGCCACGCUCUGCCACUAGCUCUGAGCUUAUGCAUCGCAUCGCGCUGCUCAGCCGCGCGCUAUCGGCUUGCGGGCUGGACGGCUUGCAGCGCCCGCUAGCCCCGGUCGGCUCGGUGGUGGUGCUGGUCGCGCAGACGAGCGCUGUCAUGAUGGAAGCCAUGCUGGCGUGCCUCGAUGCCGGCUGCAUCCUCUGCCCCGUAAACUGGCGCUGGAGCGUGGCUGAGCUGGCGGAGGCACUGCAGCGGCUGUCGCCGGCGCUGGUACUCCACGACGUCACAUGCGCAGGCCUCGCGCAGCAGGCCGUGGCAGAGGCUGGCCGUGACCUGCAGGUGCAGCGUCAGCAACAAGAGCAGCACGCCGGCAGCAAUGGCCCUUAUCAUGCUACGGCAGCAAAAACGGUGCCGCCUUUGUGCCUUAUUGACCACUGGUGCCCAGCAACUGGCAGCCACGGUGCUGUCUGGGGUGGGUGCAGCACUACCACCAGCGCCACCGCUGCCACCGGUGCCCCCGCCAGCAGCAGCGGCAGCAGCAGAAGCACUGGCGCAUGCCCACUGACCACCAGCCGUCUCAUAUCCUUUGCAGCAGGCCCACUGCCGUCCUCAACACCACCGCCGCCACCAUCGCCACAGCUGCAGCUGCUGGCUCCCGCCUGCGGCACGGCGCUGCUGGUGUUCACGUCCGGCACCACGGCCGCGCCCAAGGGCGUGCAGCUGAGCCACGCCGCCUUCCACGCCCAGUCGAUGGUGAAGCUGGCUCUGGUGGGCUACUGCCCCGCUGACACCUACCUGCACACGGCGCCGCUGUUCCACAUCGGCGGCCUGUCCUCCGCCUUCGCCGCGCUCAUGGCGGGCUGCGUGCAGGUUUUCAUGCCCCGGUUCGAUGCGGAGGCUGCGCUGGCGGCGAUCCUGCACCACCGCGUCAGCGUCUUCAUCGCCGUGCCCACUAUGCUUCAGGACCUAGCAGCUGCAGCAGCUGCAACAGCAGCAGCGGUUACAGGAGCGGCAGGGCCGGAGAGGCUUCCGGCAGGUGCCGAAGACGUGGCGCCUGGCCCGCUGGGCUGCGUGCGGAGGAUCCUGGUCGGCGCCGGAGGCACUGCACCGAAGCUGCAGGACGCCGUGAGCCGCACCUUCCCAGCUGCCCACCUGCUGUCAGCGUACGGCAUGACUGAGGCCUGCUCGUCCAUGACCUUCCGCCACCUGCGCGGCCCCGCACACCCCGCAUCAACUAACGCCGGCGGCUGGCAGCAGCGGCCGCAGCAGCUGCAGCAGCUGCAGCUCUGGGCGCCGCCUGGAAGCAAUAACAGCAGCAAGCCUGUCGGAAGCCUUACGCAGCCGGAUGCUGCGAUGGAGGGGGCGGUGUGUGUGGGCUGGCCCGCGCCCGGCGUGCAGAUCCGGGUGGUCCGGACGGAGGCAGCAGACCAACCGCACCAGGCACACACGCAGGGAGCGCAGAAGUUUCAGCAGGUCGCCAACAGCAGCUGCACAAGCUCGUAUGGAGGCACGGCUUCAGGUCGGCAGGUCCCGCCGCGCACUUCGCCAGGCCAGCCUCCGCGGCAGCAAGGGACGGCCCGGGACCAGGAACGGGCGGCUGCGGGCGAGACGUGCGGCCCGCAUGAGUUGGGCGAGGUGCAGACGCGGGGGCCGCACACGCUGCUGCGCUACUGGCGGGACGACGACGCCACAGCCAAGGCGCUCACGGCGGACGGCUGGCUGCGCACCGGCGACCUGGGCUAUCUGGCAGCGGACGGCGGGCUGUGGCUGCUGGGCCGGGCCAAGGACAUGAUCAAGAGCGGCGGCGAAAACGUGUUCGCGCCGCAGGUGGAGGCGGUGCUGUGUGCGCACCCGGCUGUGGCCGCGGCGGCAGUUGUGGGGCUGCCGCACGAGCGGCUUGGGGAGCAGGUGUCGGCCCUGGUGGUUCUCCGCGGCGGCUGGAAGUUCCUGGGUCCCUCCGUUGCCUUGCCUAGCUCAGACAGCGCAUCUUCGUCAGCAGCAGCAACAACAGCACCUGCAGGUGCCCCGGGCAGUUGCAGCGAACCCGCCGCGGCCGCGCAGCAGACCUCCCUGCAGGAUUUGCAGGACUUCUGCCGGCGUCAGGGUCUGGCGGGAUUCCGCCUGCCGCGGCUCGCGGUGGCGCAGUGGCAGCCACUGCCGCUCAACGGCAGCGGCAAGGUGGCCAAGCCCGUCAUACGUGCGGUGCUGCAGCGCGUGACGGGUGUGGGCAUGAGCCGGUUGUGAUGUGGCGGCAAGCGCAAUGGUAGGCUCGUGAUUGCAGUGGUCUGGUGCUUGUGCUUGUGCUGUGUUUGUGCGGGGCAUAGGGGGCGCCCUGGCAUGGAAAGCUGCGGUGCUGGGAGGCGUGACCUAGACCGUGUGUAGGGUUGUGGGGAAGGUCCGAAGGAGGAAGUGUAGCCGGCCCGAGCCGGCAAAGGGUACCGGGGCCAGCCAGCAUGCAACCUGGGACACUGAGCCGCAUGAGCCGCGGCCCGCGAUAUGAAG